AAGUGAAAAAGUGAUCAAAAUAAUGGAAGCCUUGGAAAAAGUUACUUCGGAGUUGGUUUUCCUAACCAGCCAGGAAACGCUGUUGUCAGAAAUUUUGUACACGUAUUUUUUUGGAGUCUAUACCGUGUGUAGAGUUAUCCAAGCGAACAUCCACAACACUCCGUUACCAGCGAUACAAACCGCUUUGCCAAUGACUGUCGUAAACUUCGAUGAUAAAAGUGCCAACAGCACUUUGAUUGAUGCCAUCAACUUGGGAAGCACUGUGUUUGUAACCGAUGAAGGAUCUGUACUCAAUUUUCUUGAUUUGUUCAUCCCAGCCCACGAUGAAUGUUUGUUUCGAAACCCGGUGAAAUACCUGAUCGUUUCCGUCGGAUGCACUGGAUCUAACCAAAAGCAGCUGCUCGACGAUAUCCAAAACCAUCCCGCAAUUCUAGAAAUAGCAAAUCUUCUACUUGUCGUCACUGUGGACAAUUCCUUCGACCUGAUAACACAUCGUUGGGUCGGUAAUCCACCGGAAUGUUUUGAAUUCUUACUGCUGGAUAAAUACUAUCCAAAAAAUGACACAUUUCUCAACGGGCCGAACAAAUUCGACGACUUGAAGGGUAAAACAAUGAAGGUGGCAACGUUCUACUUGCUUCCGUGGGCAAUGAUGCGCAAGACGGACGACGGCAUCGUGCAAUAUCUGAACCAAACGUACACGAUCGACGGGUUGGACGGACACAUUUUGGUUCAGUUCUGUCAGUGGUAUAACUGCACGUGGGAUCUCUCGGUGGACCAGUACUGGCAGUACGGACAGGUGUUUGAGAAUCACACCGGAAAUGGAAUGAUUGGAGCUUUGGUUGAGCGCAAAGUGGACUUUGCAAUCGGCGCUGUUGGUGGCUGGUUUCAACUGUUUAAAUAUUUUAGUUUUUCAACACCAAUUCAAUGGAUUGGAGUUACCAGCUUAGCUCCAAAACCCGAGCUGAUUCCUUCUUGGACCAUUAUCUUUCUCAUGUUCUCCAAACCCGUCUGGUUCGUUCUGAUCGCUACCUUCAUCCUUUGUUCAUUACUGUUGUACGUCAUACCAAAAGUUAUGAACCCAAAUGACCCAACAACUCAAUCCAAGGAUCUAUCGUGGUGCUUCUUAAGCGUCCUAGCAUCAUUACUAUUGUUACCAGCACCACUGCGAAGGAAUCGACCAACCGAUGUCAUCUUUGUAGUCGCUUUGCUCAGCUUCUGCCUUCUUGUUGCAUCGAUCUACAUAAGCAAGAUUCAUAGCAUUCUGGCGUUUCCCAUCUUCCAGCCGCCUAUCGAUACCAUCUACGAUCUUGCCGUCAGUGAAAUCCCAUGGAACGCACCUCACGAGGCCUGGAUGUAUGCCCUGGUUGGCACCGAAAAUCCCUACGUCAAGAAAAUCCUGACCACAUUUCGCGUGGCACCGAUUCCCGACCUGCACACCAAAGCCAACGAAGGCUCCGAGGCGCUGGUCAUGGCCGAACUCAACUACGGUCACUACAUGGUCGGUAACUGGGUCACCGCUGAGAACGUAGAAAACUACCGGCUUAUGACUGAGUUUAUAUACUUUGAGUACGACACCGGAUACGCCACAAAGACGUGGCCGAUGCUGGAUCGGUUCGACUAUUUGACCAUGUGGAUCCGGGAUGCCUGUCUGUAUCAGUACGUUGAGUUGAACGAAGUGUACAACUACAUGGACUACUGGGUGGAAACUUCUAUUGCGCACUCCCGGGAUCAUCCACCGAACGAGUUGAAGCCAUUCGUGGUAGAAGACAUCACGGGGGGACUAAUCAUUUUGGGCAUAGGAUACCUUAUUGCAAUUGUAGUUUAUGCUUUGGAAAUAAUUGUUCGUUUUGCUAGGAAGACAACGGUUACUAGAAGAGUAGAAUAUUUGUGUAGACUUUCUUAAACAUUGAAAAGACAGGUUUACUGCGCUGAACUAUAAUAUAUAAAUAUAUAAAUUCAAAAGAUUUUAUUAUAACCAACAGUAGAUUUCACACAAAAAAUGUCGUUUCACCAUAACAUGUCAGGGUGGCAACAUGACAUUAAAACUAGGGCCAACUCCUUGUU